AUACAAGUACGCGACACAAUAUAAAAACAAGAAGGCAAAAAUUCAAACAAUCAAUAGUAAGAGUGAUGAAUAAAUAAUAAAUAAACAGAUAACACAAUGAAUAAGAGGAGCAAAACGGAGCCAGCAAGCAUAGCGCAAAAGUAAAAAAACAUAAACAAAAAGGCACAAACAAUAAAUAAGAGUAAUAAUAAAUAAUAAAUAAACAGAUAACACAACAAAUAAGAGCCAGUGUGCAUACAGACAGUACAGACAGUAAAAGUACAGGACGCUACGCAGAACGGGGGAGCGAGUUCAGGAUCCUAACAGCCUGGAGUAUGAAGCUGUUUGAGAGUCUGGUGGUGCGGGAGCGCAGGCUUCUGUACCUCUUCCCAGAGGGCAGAAGCUCGAACAAAGAGUGAGCGGGGUGACUCGCAUCACUCACAAUCGUGGUCGCCUUGCGGGUGAGAUGGGAUUUCUUAAGGGCUCUGGAUGUUGUGGGGCUGUCAUGGCUGACACGUCUCUACAACAUCGCGUGGACAUCGGGGACAGUGCCUCUGGAUUGGCAGACUGGGGUGGUGGUUCCCCUCUUUAAGAAGGGGGACCGGAGGGUGUUCCAAUUACAGGGGAAUUACAUUCCUCAGCCUCCCUGGUAAGGUCUAUUCAGGGGUGCUGGAGAGGAGGGUCCGUCGGGAGGUCGAACCUCUGAUUUAGGAGGAACAGUGUGGCUUUCGUCCUGGCCGUGGAACAGUGGACCAGCUCUUCCCGCUCAGCAGGAUCCUCGAGGGUGCAUGGGAGUUCGCCCAACCAGUCCACAUGUGUUUUGUGGACUUGGAGAAGGUGUUCGACCGUGUCCCUCGGGAGGUUCUGUGGGGGGUGCUUCGGGAGUACGGGGUACCGAGCCAACUGAUAAGGGCGGUUUGGUCCCUGUAUCACCGUUGCCAGAGUUUGGUCCGCAUUUCCGGCAGUGUCGGAUUCGUUCUCAGUGAGGGUUGGACUCCGCCAAGGCUGCCCUUUGUCACAGAUUCUGUUCAUAAUUUUUAUGGACAGAAUUUCUAGGCGCAGCCGAGGUGUUGAGGGUGUCCGGUUUGUGGACCUCAGCAUCGCGUCUCUGCUUUUUGCAGACGACGUGGUGCUGUUGGAUUCUUCAGGCCGUGAUCUCCAGCUCUCACUGGAGCGGUUCGCAGCCGAGUGUGAAGCGGUCGGGAUGAGGGUCAGCACCUCCAAAUCCGAGUCCAUGGUCCUCGAUCGGAAAAGGGUAGAAUGCCCUCUCCGGAUCGGGGAUGAGAUCCUGCCCCAAGUGGAGGAGUUUAAGUAUCUUGGGGUCUUGUUCACGAGUGAGGGGAGGAUGGAGCGCGAGAUCGACAGGCGGAUCGGUGCAGCAUCGGCAGUAAUGCGGACUUUGUACCGGUCGGUCGUGGUAAAGAGAGAGCUGAGCCAAAAGGCAAAGCUCUCAAUUUACCGGUCGAUUUACGCUCGUACCCUCACCUAUGGUCACGAGCUAUGGGUCGUGACCGAAAGAACGAGAUCCCGGAUACAAGCGGCCGAAAUGAGUUUUCUCCGCAGGAUGUCCGGGCUCUCCCUUAGAGAUAGGGUGAGAAGUUCGGUCAUCCGGGAGAGACUCGGAGUAGAGUCGCUGCUCCUCCACGUUGAGAGGAGCCAGAUGAGGUGGCUCGGGCAUCUCAUCAGGAUGCCUCCUGGACGCCUCCCUGGGGAGGUGUUCCGGGCAUGUCCCACCGGUAGGAGACCCCGGGGACUACCCAGGACGCGCUGGAGAGACUAUGUCUCUCAGCUGGCCUGGGAACGCCUUGGGAUCCCCCGGGAUGAGCUAGAUGAAGUGGCUGGGGAGAGGGAAGUCUGGGAGUCCCUCCUGAAGCUGCUGCCCCCGCAACCCGACCCCGGAUAAGCGGAAGAAGAUGGAUGGAUGGAUGGCAGCCAUAACGGAGAGCGCAGCCAGGGUGUUGCAACGAGAUCUGGUGACCGACUUGGACUUUUCUCCAUUUGACGAGCGUCUUCUGGCAACGUGCUCCGCGGAUGAAACGGUGAAACUGUGGCGUUUGUGCGAUCCGGAGCUGCAGCAGCCCCCGGAACCUGAGCUGACUCUGGAAGCCGGGCAAGGACGGCCCGACCUGCUGCUUUUCCACCCGACCUCUUCCAGGCUGCUGGCUGUCGGGGCCGCCAAGCGCCUGCUCCUUUGGGACACGGACCGCCGGCAAGCGCCACUCGCAGUUUUGGAGGAGCAUGCUGAGCAACUACAGAGUCUGAGCUGGAAAAUGGACGGGUCCCUGCUGGCUUCCACAUGCAAGGACAAGAUACUACGAGUGUUUGACCCAAGAGCCCAGCUGAAAGCAGUUCAGAGCGCCGCCUGCCUUCAGAGCCACAAAGAUUCUCGCAUGUUGUGGGCCCAGGAUGACUUUCUGCUGACUACGGGCUUUGAUAAGAUGCGCAACCGAGAGGUGAGGCUUUGGGACGGCAGGAACUUGACUUCUUCUGUGAGGUCUCAGACCUUCGGUGCUUCUGGCGGAACGCUCAUUCCUCUCCUUGAUGCAGACACAAGUUUGCUGGUGCUGGCUGGCAUGGGCGACACAGCGGCGGACUGCUUGGAGUUAUCCACCUCGGAGCCCUUCCUCUCGCAAGUGAGCCACUGCGUAAGUGACCUGGCAACCCGCGGCGUGACUGCAGUGCCCAAGCUGGCGCUGGACGUCAUGUCUUGCGAAGUAAUGAGAGUUCUCCAGCUGACGGACAGCUACAUCGUUCCCAUCAGCUACCAAGUCCCCCGGAAGAAUUGCGGCCACGACUUCCACGCCGACCUCUAUCCCGACACGGUGGGCGUCAGUCCAGCCAUGGCUGCGGCAGAGUGGUGGCGGGGGGGAAACAAGCAGGUCGACAAAGUCAGCCUCCAUCCGGACGAGCGGCCCAGGAAGCAUGGUGGCAGCGGUGAGCGCAAGGACGCGGUUGGCGGGCCUCUGGCCUUCAAUGAGCCUCCUGCCUCCAGUGGGCCUCCUGCCUCCAGCGAGAAACCUGCUCCUCCUCUGAGCACCCCCGACGGCAGCGCGGCCGACUCUUUCUACCCCUCGUCCACCUCGGACUUUGUCCCCUCACCGAGUCCAGGCCAGGCGGCCAAGGGCUUCCACAACUUUCUCGGACCGAGCUCCAAGUUUCGACACAUCCAGGGCGCGGUGCUGCACCGUGACACGCACAUCACCAACGUACGCAACCUCAAUCUGACCACACCGGGCGAGUGCGACGACUUCUGCGUCAAUCACCAGCGUGUGGCCGUGCCCCUCGCCACGUCCGGCGGUCAGAUUGCAGUCUUUGAGCGCUCCCGACCGGGCAAGCUGCCGGACUCCGCUUUGCCCACUAUCCAGAACUCGGUCAAUGUGGCGGACCUUUGCUGGGACCCCUUUGACACACACCGACUCGCUGUGGCUGGCGAGGAUUCCAAAAUCCGAAUAUGGCGGGUACCGGAGCGUGGCCCCCAAGAGACGCUAACUGAGCCCGAAUUGGUCCUGCAAGGCCACACGGAGAAAAUCUACUCCAUCAAGUUCCACCCUUUGGCCAACGACCUCCUGGCGUCCUCGUCUUACGACCUCACCGUGCGACUGUGGAACCUGCGAGAAGGCCGGCAGGUGCAGCUGCUCACCGGACACCGAGAUCAGGUGUUCUGCAUGGCUUGGAGCCCCGAUGGCAAGCUGCUGUCCACUGUCUGCAAAGAUGGUAAAAUUCGCGUCUACGACCCACGCAAGUCGGACGCGCCCUUGCAGGAAGGUCCAGGGCCUGAGGGCCACAGAGGCGCUCGUGUGCUGUGGGUGUGUGAGGGCCGGCACCUGCUGGUGUCUGGAUUUAACAGUCGCAGCGAGCGAGGCCUCUACCUGUACUCAGUCGCCUCGCUAUGCUCCGGAGCGGUGGUCAGCGUCUGUGUGGACGUCUCGCCCUCCACGCUCAUCCCCUUCUACGACCCGGACACCAGGCUGCUUUUCCUCAGUGGGAAGGGGGACACUCGGGUGCGCAUUUACCAGCUGCUCCCCGAGGAGCCCUACUUUGUGGAGUGCACCGCAUUUAACAGUGCCGAGCCACACAAGGGCUUGGCCUUCCUCCCCAAGAGCGAAUGUAACGUGCGCGAGGUGGAGAUAGCCGCGGCCCUGAUGCUCACCAAGACCACCGUGGAACCAGUGGUCUUCAAGGUGCCCAGAGUCAGGAAAGAGUUUUUCCAGGACGACUUGUACCCAGACACGCCAGCGUGCUGGGAGCCGGCGCUGAGCGCCUCAGCCUGGCUCAGCGGCUCCGACGGCCGGCACAGGAAGAUCAGCAUGCGGCCCCCUGACAUGGCACCAGUCAGCCAAGCCCCCAAAGAGGCCCCGGCGAGGAAGCAUAUGCCCUCGGCCUUCUACCUGGAGCAGAAGAGUGACGAGCAGAAGAAAGAGGAGCUCCUGGUGGCCAUGGUGGCCAAGCUGGGAAACAUGGAUGAGCCCUUGCCACAGGACUCCUUUCAGGGGGUCGACGACGACGAGUGGGAUGAUUAAAAACGCUCUGACCCACGACAGAGGACUCUCAAGUCCGCUCUCUGCCCUCCGGCGUCACGCCAAAGAAUCUGACCGAUGGUUUUUGUGUCCAUCCUUUGAAAUGUUCAUAUUUUUUUCUUCACUGUAUGAUGUUACCAGUUAGCUAGAAGUUUGAAUGUGUCUCGGCGGUGCAGUGGUCUCAGAGGUUGGGGGUUCGAUUCCCCGGCUGUUGUGUCCUUCAGCAACAUGUUGUAGCCCCACUCACUCGUGAUGCUGCAUCGUCAUGAGGAAGUCGGUAGGAAGCACUCGACAAGGGGCAGACCAUUUACCAUGGAAACAUUUGGGACUUCAUCUGGCUUUUGGGUUGCUUUGACUCAAGUAGAAAAUGAUCUUCAAAAGAUAAAUGUCACAACGAGAACCAGUUGCAAAUUUCUGUUGGUGUCGUUUGCAUCAUGGGUCUUUUCAGCGAAUAUACCGUUUUUUUCCGUGUAUAGUGCGCAAAAUUUAACUAAUUUAUUGUCCUAAAAUCUGGGGUGCGCAUUAUACAUGGGUACAAUUUUUUUUUUUUUUUUUAAUUUUUUUCUUUUUUUAUUUAUUUUAAAGAAAGUCAUGGUACAACAAAACCAACAACAGGACUGAUCGACAAAGUCGUGGAACAAAAAGACAGGGUGACAUUACCAAAGACAGGAACAGAAACCAAACAGACAUCAUGACAGUAACACAUGCAAUGAUCCGACGGUGAGCGAGGGGCAGACAGGACUUAAAUACAAAACACGUUACAUCGAUUGAGGUGACACAGGAAGAGAGGGGCGACGCGAACAGAAACUAUGGCAACCUAGACACAUAGCAAAACUGGGGACGAGACAUGACAAAUCUCCCUCGAAAUAAAACUUGAAAUCACCUUUCUUCUUGUUUGUUGUCAAUCGCGCAUCGCAUUCAGCCAUCCUGCCCAACACACUUAGUAAAAUUCAUAAUUGACGACACAUCGUUUGAUGCGAUGGUGCAAUCCUUGAUGGUGUGUUAUUGUCAAAUAUUGUUUGUUUUUUAAUCUCCAUCGCGGACCGGACGUCAUACGGAGGCCGCCAUUACAGAUGCGCAGAACGAAUGCGCAAGACACGUCAGCUAUAUAAAGAGCGAGAGUUCAGUUCUCCACCUAUUAGUUUCAAUUCACAGUUUAAUUUGCAGUUUCAAUCAGCAAAUAACAAAAUGCGUAUUACAGGUAAUAUUUUAUUUCACAACACUUUGCCUUGUUCCUUUGGUCUCUGCUGUUCAUCCUAAAACACAAAGGCGCUCUUUAAGCAAUGCGACAGUGAGCGCAUGUGUUACUGUCAUUCUGUUCCUGUCUUUGGUAAUGUCACCCUGUCUUUUUGUUCCACGACUUUGUCGGUCAGUCCUGUUGUUGGUUUUGUUGUACCAUGACUUUCUUUAAAAAAAAAAAAAAAAAAAAAAAAGAAAGAAAAAUUAAAAAAAAAAAUUAAACAUUUUUUUUGUACCCAUGUAUAAUACGCACCCCAGAUUUUAGGACAAUAAAUUAGUUAAAUAUUGCGCACUAUACACGGAAAAAAACGGUAAUAUUUUAUUUCACAACACUUUGCCUUGUUCCUUUCGUCUCUGCUGUUCACUUCAAACACGCUCCAUACGACCGCAAUGCUCUCGUAUCAGACGCUUCCUCAAUCCCCUGCUCGUUUGCUUUCACAAUGUACCCUACACAAAUCCGAAACAUUUGUUGCGGCUCCGAGUCACGACGAGGGGCAAGUUUUGGUUUCCAAGGGUGUUUUUAUUCCUCUUCAACGUCUCUCCCAUACAGAGCCGCCUUUUUCACGUCCGCACGCCUUUUUCACAUGCGCGCACGGUGGUGCGUUUACGGGCAGUCGGAGAAAUCAACGGCAACAAAAAAAAUUACAUCCAGCCUAGUUAAGACCAUACCAAAGACUAUAAAAAUGGGACCACUUGCCUCCCUGCGUGUGUGCCGAUCAUUGGGACUUAAAAAAAAAAAAAAAAAAAAAAAAAAAAAUUAAAAAAAAUCCAUAAAAA